GCCAGUCCAAAUCCGCAUCAUUGAAUCGCGUGCCGCUCCUGCUGCUCGUGCCGGCUGCUGGAACACCACACGAGUCGAACACUUCGGCUCUGGCAUGGAGCGUUGGCAUAUCGAGCCGAGCUUCCCGUAAGUAGUCCAGCCUUCGUGACAAAACGCCUGGCCGCGACGUAAGAAAAAAAAAAUGGCGUGGCUAUUCGCAAACGAAGGCCUGGCGCAUGACAACCUCACCGAGCCGGUCAAGGAGCUCUCGGAAAAAUGGAAGCUGCUGCCAGCGUUCCUCAAGAUGCACGGCCUGGUGCGGCACCAUAUCGACUCCUUCAACCACUUCAUCAACGUCGAGAUCAAGGAGAUCAUGCGCGCCAACGAGCGCAUCACGAGCGACGCUGACCCGAGUUUCUACCUCAAGUACUUGGACAUCCGCGUGGGUAAGCCCAACACCGAGGAAGAGUUCAAGGUCCACCUGCAGACGACGCCGCACGAAUGCCGAUUGCGGGACAUGACUUACUCGGCCCCAAUCGUGGUGGACAUUGAGUACACCCGCGGCCAGGAGCGGGUGCUGCGCUCGGACUUCCCGAUCGGCCGCAUGCCCAUCAUGCUGCGCAGCGCAAACUGCGUGCUGGCCAACAAGACCCACUUCGAGAUGGCCAAGCUGCAGGAGUGCCCGUACGACCCCGGCGGCUACUUCGUCGUGAACGGCGUCGAGCGCGUCAUACUGAUGCAGGAGCAGCUCUCGAAGAACCGCAUGAUCGUCGAGGAAGACCGCAAGAGCGGAGUCAUGUGCCAGGUCACCAGUUCCACGCACGAGCGCAAAAGCCGCACCGUGGUCGGUGUCAAGCACGGCCGCUACAUCCUGAAGCACAACUGUUUCACAGAGGACAUUCCAGUGGGCAUUGUGUUCAAGGCCAUGGGUCUGGAGUGCGACCAAGGCAUCGUGCAGAUGAUUGGCACCUCCGAUGCCGUCCAGGCAGCCAUUGCUCCAUCCCUGGAGGAGUGCCACCGUGCCAAAGUGUUCACACAGACCCAAGCCCUACAGUACCUUGGUGGCAGGCUCAAGCACCGGCGCAUGUUCUUUGGGGGAGGAGCCGGCGGCGGUGGCAGUCACCGCAAGUCUGUCGUUGACGAUGCGAGAGACAUUCUUGCGACCACUGUGCUGGCUCAUGUUCCAGUUGAGGAUUUCAACUUCCGCAUCAAGUGCUUCUACCUUGCCAUCAUGGUGCGUAGAGUCAUCGAUGCCCAAUCCAACAAGGAGUUGCUUGACGACCGUGACUACUAUGGUAACAAGAGGCUUGAGCUUGCCGGCUCACUGCUGUCGCUCUUAUUUGAAGACCUGUUCAAGCGUUUUAAUGCGGAGCUCAAGCUUGUUGCCGAUAAGACAAUCCCAAAGGUCCGGGCAACCCAGUUUGACGUCAUCAAGUAUAUCCGGCAGGACCUGAUCACCCAUGGACUGUGCAUGGCUAUUUCGACAGGAAACUGGACUGUCAAGCGGUUCAAGAUGGAACGCAUUGGCGUCACACAGGUGCUGACAAGGCUCUCCUACAUCUCGGCCCUUGGCAUGAUGACGAGGGUCAACAGCCAGUUUGAGAAGACUCGGAAGGUGUCCGGCCCCCGGUCACUUCAGCCGUCCCAGUUUGGUAUGCUCUGCCCCAGUGACACUCCCGAAGGUGAGGCAUGCGGUCUGGUCAAGAAUCUGGCCCUCAUGACCCACAUCACCACCGACAUAGACGAGGCAUUUAUAGUGCGGCUACUACGGAACCUCGGUGUGGAAGACCUUCAACUCCUCAAUGGGGAAGAGCUCUCUGAUCCAUCGGUGUACCUAGUCUUUCUCAACGGCAACAUUCUGGGUGUCAUCCAAGACCACGUUCGACUUUUGAAGACACUCCGCCUUCUUCGUCGGUCAGGCUACUUGUCUGAGUUCGUCUCCCUGCACACUAGCAACUUGCAGCGUUGCGUCUACGUCUCGGCUGAUGGUGGUCGUAUGUGCCGGCCGUACAUUAUCGUUGAGAAGGGGCGCCCUAAGCUGACCAACGCACACCUUGAAGACCUCACAAGGGGGCUCCUGUUCUUCAAUGACCUCGUUCGCAGGGGCAUCGUAGAGUUCCUUGAUGUCAACGAGGAGAAUGACAGCCACAUCGCACUCCGUGAAAUGGACAUCACCUCACAGACGACGCACCUAGAGAUUGAGGCCUACAGCCUGCUCGGAGUGUGCGCAGGUAUUAUUCCAUACCCGCACCACAACCAGUCACCACGGAACACAUACCAGUGCGCUAUGGGCAAGCAGGCGAUGGGCACCAUCGGUCUUAACCAGCGCAACAGGAUAGACUCGCUCAUGUACCUUCUGGUCUACCCACAUCGGCCAAUGGUUAAGACCAAGACCAUUGAGCUCAUCAACUUUGAAGAGCUGCCGGCUGGCCAGAAUGCGACUGUGGCUGUUGUGAGCUACAGCGGAUACGAUAUAGAGGAUGCCAUCGUAAUGAACCGGUCAUCUAUCGACCGCGGCUUUGGCCGGUGCCAGGUGUACAGGAACCAGAAGUGCGUCAUCAAGAAGUACGCAAAUCAGACCAGCGACAAAGUGAUGGGACCGCUCGUGGACAGCACCAACAUGAUGCCAGUGUGGAAGCAUGAAGCCCUUGACGCUGAUGGCAUUGCACGCCCCGGCUCUCGCGUAGAGAAUCGUCAGGUUCUCAUCAACAAAUGGGUUCCUGCAGCCACUGUCACACCUGCCCAGCCUGGGCAGCCAGCGCAAGCAGAGCACAAGGAGGUUCCUGUGACUUACAAGGGCCUGGAGCCGGUGUAUGUGGAAAAGGUGCUCAUCACUUUCAACACGGAGGAGUCAUUUUUGAUGAAGCUGCUGCUGCGGCAGACGCGCCGGCCCGAGAUUGGUGACAAGUUCAGCAGCCGCCAUGGUCAGAAGGGCGUUGUGGGUCUCAUCGCGCAGCAGGAGGACAUGCCUUUCAAUGACCAGGGAAUCUGCCCCGACCUCAUCAUGAACCCGCACGGGUUCCCCUCCCGUAUGACAGUCGGCAAGCUCAUCGAGCUGCUUGCGGGCAAGGCAGGCGUUCUCAACGGGAAGUUCCACUAUGGCACAGCCUUCGGUGGAUCCAAGGUGCAAGAUGUGGGCGAAGAGCUGAUCCGGCGUGGCUUCCACUACCAGGGCAAGGACUGCCUGACCUCAGGCAUCACAGGGGAGCCUCUGUCGGCCUACAUCUACAUGGGCCCCAUCUACUAUCAGAAGCUGAAGCACAUGGUCAUGGACAAGGUGCACGCCCGGGCGCGGGGUCCUCGAGCUGUGCUCACUCGGCAGCCCACCGAGGGUCGGUCACGUGAGGGCGGGCUGCGGCUGGGUGAGAUGGAGCGUGACUGCCUCAUCGGACAUGGCGCCAGCAUGUUGCUUCUCGAGCGGCUCAUGCUGUCCAGCGAUGCUUGCGAGGUGGACGUCUGCCGAACGUGCGGCCUGCUGGGCUACUCGCAUUGGUGCCACUUCUGCCGCUCGUCAAGUGCCAUCGCGACCCUGCGCAUCCCGUACGCCUGCAAGCUACUCUUCCAGGAGCUGCUCUCCAUGAACAUCAUCCCACGGCUGGAGCUCACCAGCCACUGCAGUAACCGCAGCUUCGCCUCCACCAAGCAUUGAUGGACCCUCAUCGGUUGCCGUCAUCUGUUCAAGUGUCCAUCAGGAAAGAAUCAGCUGACUGUCAUGCCACUGACAGCUUGAACCCAUCAUCACCACUGGUCGCUCACUGCCGGAUUCAAUGAACUCCACCCAUGCUUGUGUCUUCAAUCAAGGAUGCUGGCUCUUCAAACGUCAUUGGACCUUGCAAAAAAGUUUGUUGCUAUCCACGCUGGCAAGACUUGAAUAUGUGAGAGAUGGCCGUCUGCAUUGGCUCACUGCAACGCAUGCCUCAUUUAUGAGAGCUGUUGCAUGGCUUUUUUUACUGGACAGGAGUGGUGUGAGAGCCUGGUUUGGAGGUUAAGUGUGACGAAUGAGAAGGUACCUGUUAACAGGAAAAUGUCCCCACUGUGAUUUACAUUUUGUUUCAGCUGACCACGAGUAGAUUGCGUUUCUAUUGAUGCUAAAGGAGAAGCUGUUCAUGCAAAAGCGCUUUAAUGUCCAUGAAAUUCCGAGACGAGAGCUCGUCAUUGAUGAGGAUAGUUGUUAAAUUUCUACUGUAAUGUCACGAUGCUGUACGGCAAAUAUAAUAUUUCUUGUUUUGUAAUAAGCGUGCAAAUGCGCAUACAGCUCACAGCUGUUUUAAUUGUGUAACCUGACACAUUUGUUUGAGAGAUUGUUUGCAUAUUCAGAUAAGGCAGAGACAGAUUAGAAAAUAUUUCUUUAUUUCUGGAAAGGCCUUUGGUUUGUUUCUGAAAGGCAUAUUCAGAUUAGUUUUCAGCUAUCUGGUUUAGGUGUUGUACAUUAGUGCAGAUUAGGUACACUCAGCUGAGAUGCUAUAAUGCAGUGCCAUUUCUUUUUCUACAGUCACUUUUGUCAAAAUUCAUCAAAACACCUUCGAGCAGUUCCUGCACCAAGUAAUAUAAGGAAGCAAGAUUUUUCAAUUACUGGAGUUUUUGGCGAGCAUUUUGUGCCUUCAGUUGCAGAAAUGUAAUGAUGAUGUCAAUAAAUGAUUAUUUAUAUAUUGUA